UUUGUAGCGGCUGUGCAACAGGCUGGCUUCCUGCUCCGUGCGGGCUAGCGUCCGGAUUUAACACGCUUUACCCUUUAAACAGCGCCGUUCGGGGAAAUGUUUGCGCCGAGUUCUACUCUAAUUCUCUGAGUGAGUUGGAUAAAGGAAGGUUUUUGCGUCUCUCUCUGACAGCAACGCGUGCAGUAGUUCGAGGCUGUGGCAUGGAUGAGGCACGGCCUAACAGCGGUGCUCAAGCCCACGGGCUAGUGUCGCUGUUUCCCCCCGGACUACAGGCGAUCUACGGGGAAUGCCGGCGACUCUACCCGGACCAGGCCAACCCGCUUCAAGUUACGGCUAUUGUGAAAUACUGGUUAGGUGGUCCAGACCCCCUCGACUACAUCAGCAUGUAUAGGAACGCUGGCUCUCCAGCUCAGGACAUCCAGGAACAUUGGCACUAUGUGAGCUUUGGCCUGAGUGACCUCUAUGGUGACAACAGAGUUCAUGAAUUCACAGGGGGAGACAAGCCCAGCGGUUUCGGCUUUGAGCUCACAUUCCGACUCAAAAGGGAGGUGGGAGAAACAGCACCACCGACUUGGCCGGCGGAACUCAUGCAAGGCUUGGCGCGAUAUGUAUUCCAGUCAGAAAACACAUUUUGUAGUGGUGACCACGUAUCAUGGCACUGCCCUCUUGAUAACAGCGAGUCAAGAAUCCAGCACAUGUUGCUAACAGAAGAUCCACAAAUGUUGCCCAUUCAAACCCCCUUUGGCUCUGUGAGCUUCCUGCAGAUCGUCGGUGUGUGUACAGAGGAGCUCCAGGCAGCUCAGCAGUGGAACGGCCAAGGCAUUUUGGACUUGAUGCGUGGGGUCAGUGUAGCCGGUGGGCCCUGGCUGAUCACCGACAUGAGGAGAGGAGAGACUAUUUUCGACAUUGAUCCCCAUUUACAACAGGAGCGAGUGGACCAGGGUAUUGAGACGGAGGGCUCGAACCUGAGCGGUGUUAGUGCUAAGUGUGUGUGGGACGAUUUGAGCCGGCCACCAGAGGACGAGGAGGACAGUCGAUCCAUCUGUAUUGGAUCACAGCAGCGGCGACUGUCGGAUAAAGAUACGGAGCAGAUCAGAGAGACUUUGAGAAAAGGACUGGAAUUCAAUAGCAAGGCGGCGCUGCCCCCGAUCAACAGUCAGCGAUCGAGUCAUGAUAGACCUCAAAGUAGGAAGGACAGUCUGGAGAGCGAGAGUUCAGCGGCCAUCGUUCCACAUGAGCUGGUCCGGACCCGACAGUUGGAGAGUGUUCACCUCAAGUUUAACCAGGAGUCUGGCACUCUGCUUCCCCUCUGCCUAAGAGGGCGUUUGCUUCACGGAAGACACUUUACUUUCAAGAGUAUCCAUGGUGACACGGCCAUUACAUUUGUGUCGACGGGAGUUGAGGGAGCGUUUGCUACUGAAGAGCAUCCGUAUGCAGCCCACGGCCCCUGGCUGCAGAUAUUGUUGACUGAAGAGUUUGUGGAGCAGAUGCUCGGAGAUAUACAGGAGCUCAACACCCAUGAGGAGACAAAGUUACCAAAGGAGUACAGUUGGCCUGAGAAGAAGCUGAAGAUCUCAGUCCUACCAGACUCUGUGUUUGAUAACCCGCUACAAUGAGACGUCUCGGAGAAGGAAAACACUAAGCAGCUGAGCGUACAGUUGAAGCGGUCGACGUGGACACGCAGUGACCCUGAGCUGCGAUACGAGACCAACUAAAAACUGUUACUGCAUUCUCAGACUGCCCUCACUGUUUACAACAUUUCACAGAAGCCUCCAAAAGGUCAACUCCCCCUCAAACCUGCCGGUCUGCAUGGUUGACCUCUUCCAACACUAUAAGCAGCAACAUAUUUCUCCCAAGAGAAACAGGAUUUUAUCAUUUCAACAGCCUUUCUGCUCGUGUUUAAAGUAAGCCAUUGAUAUAGAAGAGCAUGUCGGCUCCAGAGAAGGGUCAAAUGUUCAACUCUAGUGAGUGCAGUCAUAAUGUAUAUGAUGUGACCAGAUGCUGGACAUUUUUAAUUAGGUGAUGCCAAAGUUUUUCGGUGAAAACUGUAUCUACAUAAACCAUUACAGUAGUUUCUUCUGCGACAUUACCGUGGUUAGCCAUCCAUUCACAGCCUGAUCAUUGAAUAGUACAACUUCUAAUCUCCUUCCCUUCAGCAUUCCAAAGCCAGAGUGUAGAUGUAACGUCUAUCGAGCCUUGUGUCAAGCCAGUUAGAAAUGGAAAACCCCCAAAUGAGGGCUAUUAUGUGGCAUCAUUACUAGCUACACCAAGAAGCAGCUCUGCUCACAACCUCUCCUGAAGACACUUAGAUCAACAAUUUACUUUGGUCCACAACCACACCGUAUCAUGGAGAAAAUUCAUCACUGAAGCUCAAUCUGUGCCUAAAGUAAAUGAUUAACAUCAUUAAUUUAUUCACCUUGAAGUGUCUCAACAAUCUUGCUGUUACUGUUGCAAAGGGUGUAGCAGGAGAGCAAUUUACAGUAUUCCUCUUGAUAUGCAUCUAGUUGUUCAAGUUUUAAACUCUAUAAACAAAACUCUCAGAAGGUAAGAAAUGUCUGAAACAGCCCGACCAGUACCUUCCCUAACCAUUGCAAAAGCCCUCCUCCGUGCCUUGAAUCUUUUCUGCUGUUACUUUUUGGUGCUGCUGGAUGGGUCAGUCACCACAGUGUAUCAGUGCUGCUGAGUUCAGUGGCUUCUCAUUGUUACUGUAAAAGCAUUCCAGUGUAAACCAAAUUCAAUACGUAUUCCUUCGCCUGAUUUUUUUUUUUACUCAUUCUUUAUUCAGAGUGACAGUUUAAAUGUUGAUAACAUUACGUGUUCUUGUUUUCUGAAGUUGAUUGUAACCUAAGUGCAUUAAAGAGUGUAGAUAUUUACACUAAUAAAGCUGGGAAAUUAAUGUUAGCAGUGCUUUCCUAAUCACA